AUGGCUGCUGCAACCUCUCCCCAGCCUGUGGCUGUGGGAGAGGCAAUUCAAAAUACCAUAGAAUCACGUCCAAAUCCCAGUAACAAACAAUCUUAUGCAACUCAGCUUGUAGGAAAAGUUUCUGCCGGAAAAGCUUCAAAACUAGAAUUAUGUCCAGUUACGUUUGAACAUGGUAUACCAAUAGUAGAAUUCACUAUAGAUGAAGUGAAUGCAUUCACCAUCGAAGAAGGUCUUCUUCAAGCAGUAAUCCUUAAGUUUUCGUAUGGAAAACCUGAUCUUCAGGAGUUGCGACAGAUUUUUUCGAAACAAUUUGAUGUUAAGGGCUACUGUAAUAUCGGACAAUUGGAAUAUCGUCAUAUUCUGGUAAGGUUUGAUUUGUUUGAAGAUUUUGUUCAAGUUUUAUCAAGAUCAACAGGAUAUGUUAAGUCGAAGGGAGAUGAGUUCUUCUUUAGAUCGUUUUCUUGGAAAAUUGGAUUUAAUCCGCGAGAAGAAACUUCGAAGGCAGUUGUUUGGAUCUCCUUACCUGAGUUACCUGCAAAUUUCUUUGCAAAGAAGUCUCUAAUGUCCAUAGCAUCUGCAGUGGGAAAGCCACUAGCUGUGGACAAAGCGACUCAAGAUCGAACUCGACCAAGCACGGCUAGGGUUAAGGUGUUGUUAGACCUAUUGGAUAAACAUCCUAAGAGAAUUAGGAUUCAUAUUGGGGAUACGAAAUCUGGGAAGCUAGUUGAAUAUUAUCAAGAGAUUGUGUAUGAUAAUCUCCCAAAAUACUGCACUUGUUGUAAACAUCAAGGACACGAUGAAAAAUUGUGUCGUUGGAGGCUCGAGAAAAGUAAGGGGGAUGUAGUUGAGAGGGAGGAAACAGAGGAACUGGGCAGUGGUGAGAAAUUACAAGGGGAUGCUAGGGAAUUUCUAAUUCUAAGAGGGUUGUACAACUGA